UAAGCACAUAAGGAGACUUUUUAUUAAACAUCAACAAGGGUAUGGCAUUCAAGGGCUAUCUAUACAUUCUCAUUGGUGUCUUCACUCUCGUUAUAAGUUCCUCCGUUAAUAUCACACAAGCAGUUGCACCUUCUCUAAAUCGGACCAGUUUUCCGCCAGGUUUCAUCUUUGGCACCGCCUCCUCCGCCUACCAGUACGAAGGUGCUGCAAAUGAAGGAGGCAGAGGACCAAGUACAUGGGAUGCCUAUUCUCAUAAAUAUCCAGAAAAAAUAUCGGAUAGAAGCAAUGGAGAUGUAGCAGUUGAUCAAUAUCAUCGCUAUAAGGAAGAUGUUGGGAUCAUGAAGUAUAUGAACACUGAUGCUUACAGAUUCUCCAUCUCUUGGUCAAGGAUAUUGCCAAAAGGAAAAAUAAGCGCAGGUAUAAACCAAGAAGGAAUCAAAUAUUACAACAAUCUCAUCAACGAGCUACUGGCAAAUGAUCUUCUGCCAUUUGUGACCCUUUUUCAUUGGGAUCUUCCCCAAGCCUUACAAGAUGACUACGGUGGCUUCUUAAGCCCUCAUAUUAUAAAUGAUUUCCAAGAUUACGCUAAGCUAUGCUUCAAGGAAUUUGGAGAUAGAGUGAAGCAUUGGAUUACUUUUAAUGAACCAUGGAGUUACAGUAUGGGUUCAGAGCCCUACCUGAGCUCUCACUACCAACUACUGGCUCAUGCAGCUGCUGUCAAAAUUUAUAAAACCAAUUAUCAGGCAUCUCAAAACGGUUUGAUAGGCAUCACCUUAAAUUGUCACUGGUUUAUUCCAUUCUCAAAUGACACAUUAGAUCAUCAAGCUGCCCUACGCGCUCUUGAUUUCAUGUUUGGAUGGUUUAUGCAACCACUUACAACAGGAAAUUAUCCAGAAACCAUGCAGUCUUUGCUGGGAAGUCGAUUACCAAACUUCACAGAAGAGCAAUCCAAGCUACUUAUUGGCUCAUUUGAUUUUGUUGGACUCAAUUACUACACCACUAAUUAUGCUGCCCAUAUAUUCCAAACAAUUAAUAACACAAGCAAUACUAGCUAUUUCCAAGAUACUCACAUCAACUUUACAACUGAACGUAAUGGGACACCCAUUGGACCAAGGGCUGCUUCAUCUUGGCUUUAUGUUUAUCCAAGGGGACUUCGAGAACUAUUGUUGUACAUAAAGAUGAAGUAUAACAACCCUGUAAUUUACAUAACAGAAAAUGGUAUGGACGAGUCCAAUGAUCCAACACUAUCCCUUGAAGAGGCACUCAUGGAUACUUGCAGAAUUGACUACUUCUAUCGUCAUCUUUAUUAUAUUCUAAUUGCAAUCAAGGAUGGGGUGAAAGUACAAGGAUAUUUUGCAUGGUCACUUUUGGACAACUUCGAAUGGAGUGCUGGCUACACCUUGCGUUUUGGAAUUAACUUCGUCGAUUACAAGGAUAAUUUAAAAAGACACCAAAAGCUCUCUGCCCAUUGGUUUAGGAAUUUUCUUCAAAAAUACUAGACUCAUUGCAGGUUGAUACCCUAUAAUUAAUAAGAUGAAAACUUGGUCAUUAA